AUGAAGAUAUGUCUACGCUAUCUCGGUGACCCUGGAUAUCAACAAGGUAUUGGUCAGGAACUUGGUGUUAGUCAAGCAACGGUAUCUCGGACUGUGGAUAGAGUUGUGAACAGCAUGGUUGCACAGUCAAACGAAUGGAUCAAGUUUCCAACUACCAACCAUGAACUGAAGGAGGUCAUGCGGAUAUGGCAAAGCAUGUAUAAAUUUCCGACAGCAAUUGGUGUAGUUGAUUGUACAGAUAUAGGAAUCCUGAAACCAACUCGCCAUGGAGAUGGGUAUAUCAACCGAAAAGGGAAACCUACUUUAAAUGUGCAAGCCACCUGUGAUGCUAGAGAGAUAUUCACAAGUGUUGAUGUCAGUUGGUGUGGAUCAAUGCAUGAUUCCAGAAUAUGGAGAAAUUCACAGACUAGAUCACAACUAAUAAAUAAAGCAAAUGUUGUACUACUUGGCGAUGACAGUUAUGGUAUUGAGCCAUGCCUUAUGACUCCCUUCAGAAAUCCUACUCCAGGUGCAGAAAUAAAUUAUAAUAAGGUUUUAAAACAAGAGAGAGUUAUAAUUGAAUGUUGUUUCCUAUUCUACAGUAUGUUUGCCGCGUAAAGUUGGAACAUUUGCCGAAAAUAAUUAUUGCUUGUAUUGUACUCCAUAAUGUUGCGAAGAGCUAGGGUGAUCCUGACUUUGAGUUCGUUUAGCAAGAUCCAGAUGAAGACGAAGGAAAUCAUGAGAAUGACAAACUUCCUCUCCGCCAACU